CGGAUACCAUAUUUUUUAUUUGUAACAGACUCCGCUCCUGACUGAUCAAGGUCAAUCUCAAGAAAUCCUUAUGAUACGUUCAGUCCUACUCUUGACAGCGAUGAGUAACCGAUUCGCAUACAACCCAAGCGGGGUAUCUAAUAUAUUUACAACAGUGUCAUCAGGAGAAAAGCUCACCACUUCCACUACCAUCCUUUUCGCAUAAUUGGUAAUCUGGUGCCUGUCCAAGUAAUACUCUGUUUUGUGGUGAGGAUGGUUCUCCGAGAGGUGUAUAUAAACCUCUCGAUAAAAUUCUUCAAAGUUUCCCUUUCUAACCAUCGACAUCAAUCUCAGUAUAAGAGCCUCCAUCAAGGAACGAGGGAAAAAUCCACAUCGAGACGAGAGUAUUAUACUAGAUUGCAUCGACAUCAACACCUUCAUUAUCACCACGCACACAUAUACCUUUCUCCCAAAUAAUCAGUGUGGAAGCAUAAAUCAUGCAGAAUAGCACUGUCACCGAAUUUCUUCAACGCAAUAAGUGAGUAAAACGUAACAUGGCUGCAGAAAGAGAAGUGGUUCUUAUAACUUCGCAGGGCUAUUGUAGCAGGCCACCAAGCACUACCAUUCUUCCCCGAGUUCAAAGAAGCUGGUGUUCCUCCUCACCCCACAUUUGUGGGUAGGUAUUCGUAAUGGAAAAUAUAAAUGACCUUCUCAACUAAAACUCACUAGUUGCUUGUUGCGAUCCACGUUGCGUCCCAGAGUACUUCCUAAACCUGAAGCUAACAGGUAUUCGUUGUUCAACCACUUAAUCCUUCUAUCUUACUGACCUCACCCCACAGAUGGAGUAGUAGUUUGCCGUAAUGUCGGUGGUCAUAUCGGUCCAGCAAUGAAGGACAUCCUUGCUCUUGAUGCAUAUGUCGGACUUGCAACUGUGAUGAUAAUCCAUCAUACUGGUGUGUCACUCGAUACCUCUCACAUAAAAACACCACUAACUUUAAUAUUCAGAUUGCGGAACCCUCCAUUUCACAGAUGCGAUAAUUCGAGAGAAACUGAUGGAACGACUUCCUCAGCAGCAAGAAAUUGAUACCAUGGAAUUUGGUAGUAUCAAAGAGUGCGUCAUUCCUUCUACUUUGAAAUCGCAGUUUACUGACAGUGAUAUUAGUAUCGGCCUUGAGCAAAGUGUUAUGGAAGAUCUCAAAAUGCUUCGUGAAAAUCCUCUUAUGAGAAAAGAUCUCGCUCAGGGGGCUACUGGUUAUAUUUUUGAUGUCAAAACGGGUGUGCUUUCACCUGUGGAAGGUUAAGCGACGCCAAUCAGCGUUACUACUCGAGUGGGGAAGACACGGCAAAAAUUAGGUUCCAUUCCUUUUCUGUAUCCGUAUGUAUGGUCUUUUCAUGUUUGUCACUCAAAUGUAUGGAAAAUGAAUCGGCUUAUCAAAUUGACAUUCACUGAUA